CAAUACUGGAGUUGGAGAUUGCAGUCAGAAAUCGGACUGUGGCAGUCUUUUUCACUCUUUUUAUAUGAUACUAAGAACAAAAUGUCGGUUCAUGAGUUUUUGGAUGUAUUGAAUCAGUCAAUUCGGCAGAAAGAUGCCAAUGCGUUUUCACAAUGUUUCGUAUUUUCGACCUCUAGUGCAGUGAAUGCAAAAUUGUCUUCAAAACUCCCACAGGACCCAAAAGGCAAAAAUAAACUCAAGAGUGAAAUACAAAAAAAUUUUGGAAAAAUUCGAGGGUGGAAGGAGUCUGUGCUUUCGUAUCUGGAAUUUGUGGACAAAGCUGCUUUGGGAGAGCCUAUAUCUUGCUGGUCUUCAUUGCAAGCCGUUUAUGUAAAUCUGACUACCUGCUUUGCACACCUCGAUGGAGCAUGGCUAGUGCCUAUCAUAAAAUCAGUGUCGAUAUUUUAUGUAAAUUUAUCCAUUCAAUUAGAUAGGGAAUCCCCUCAGGACUCUGGCGUUUUAGAUACGAAUGGAUUCCUUGAACGCAAUUUUAUAAGCGAGGCCUCUCGAAAUGUCCAGAGGACGUUCAACAUCAUUUUGAGUGACCGACAGCCUAACGUUAGUCCUUCAAAAAAAGAUGCAAUAUUCACUAUAUCAAAUCUUUUGUAUAAACUAUAUUUUCGUCUGAAGCAGAUUCGACUUUGUCAAACAAUCCAAGCUAAUGUAUUAUCCUCUGGCGUGUCCAUCAACCAAGCUACUAGUGCAGAGAUAGUUACUUUCCGCUAUUAUCUUGGUCGCUGUCAUCUGUUCCAGCAUAAAAUUCAUCAAGCGGAAACACAUUUGAAGAGCGCUUUUCUUAGUUGCCCUGAUGAGUAUUAUAAGCAAAAGAGACUAAUCUUGAUUUAUUUAACAACUUGUGGCCUCAUCCUUGGUAAAUCACCAAGGUUGCAAUACCUAGAGAAAUACAGUUUGAUACCGAUGUUCCAGUCAUUAAUAGUAAGCAUGAAAAAAGGUGAUAUUCAUUCUUUUCAUCUCUCUUUGGAAGAUGUCUCCAGGCGAAAUUGGUUCAUAAAACAUGGGAUUUUUUUGACAUUGCACGAUCGUUGUGAAAUUGUAAUUUGGAGAAACUUGUUCCGUAAAGUCUUCUUCAUGACAUUUCAAAAUGCCCAAAAAACACCCCAUGUUAAUGGUCAGUUCCUAUUGGAAGCGGCGCUUCUUAGCACACAAGAUCAGACAUUUGAUAUUGAUGAUGUGGAAUGUAUAUGUGUAUCUUUGAUUGACCAGGGAUAUAUCAAAGGAUAUAUGAUUCAUUCUUCAGCGACGCUUGUUCUGAAGAAAGACACAUCUUUCGGAUUUGCUCCUAUAGAAAGUGUUAUGCCAGUUGUUGGAAAAGAUAGAAACGAAGAGGAGUUUUUCCAAAGGAAUUAAAAAGAUUUUGGUUUUUCAUAUUGAUAAAAUGAUACAAAUUUAUGUCAAAUGGUUGCAAUCGCAUUAAUUCAUUUUUAAAUUCCUCUAACUGUU